ACUCCAUGUCUUUAGUCCCUUUCCCAAGAGUCGAUGGACUGGCAACUUGUGAACUUCAUCAUUUCAAAUAAGUGUACGGUACUGUGAUGAUGGCGGCCAACAGGCAAUUGAAAAUUUGCCUCGUGGGAGUGGCAGGAAAUGGAAAAUCCACUCUCGGGAAUAUUCUUCUCGGGCUCGAGCCCGACGACGAUGGCGGCUUCGAGACUAGCUCUGGAGCUAGGAGCUGCACACUUGGCGUCCAGUGGAAAGAUGGAAACUUCCGAGGACGAGCAGGUCAGCCCAUUCGAGUCAUCGAUACUCCCGGUCAUGGAGACGGGGAAGGUCGGGACAAGGAACUCAGAAGGAACAUGGUCGAGGAACUCAAGAAGCAGGAGACGAUAGAUGCAUUCAUUUGGGUGAAGAAUGCCCAGGACCCUCGAUACACCAAAACGGAGGCCGAGUAUUUCCAAAUCCUCAUCGAGAUCUUCGGAGGUGCCUAUUUUCAUAAUUUUGUAGUUGUCUUCAGCCGGUGGAGCUUCAGCGAGAAGGAGGAACAAAAACGCAAUAAACUUAAGAAGCCUGUGACUUUUGAAGGAGUGAAGGCUGAGCUUUGGGAUUCUUUUCUCCGCGAUUAUAAAGGUAAUCGGAGUCUCGUUCAAGUGCCAAUGAUGGCUAUCGAUGCCCUGUACGAUAGUAGCGAUAAAAGCGAGGUCGACGCUUUCGAAAACGAACUGAGGCUACUCUGGCAUACGAUGAAUCAAUUCAGUGCCAAGCCCGUGAGCAACAUCGAGAUGGCCUUGACAAAGAUAGAGAAAUUGAAGAAGCAAGUAGAAGAGGAUCAGGAUAAGGUGAAAAAGAUGAAAAGUCGGUUGCGCCAAAUGGAACAACAGAAGCAACGCGAGCUGGAACUCCAGGAAGCGGAAUACCAACGCCGCAUCAAGGAAGCAGAAUCGAAAAUCAAAGAAGAAAAGGAGAGAAUGGAGGGUCCUCCAUGGGUGAAGUUCAUCUCCUUUCUCGCCACCCCACUUGCCAUGCUGCUCGGAAGGAGGCUGGCGAUUGGGAAGUGAAAUGCUUAAUUUCCAUUCAAGUAUCACCUACAUAUUUCCACCCAUUACAUCCGUGUGCAAAGAUUAGGACUCCUUCAGUCUCUCAUGGCUACGUCAAUAGUAAUAAAAUGUAUUAAUC